AUGGCAUCCUCAAUCCUUGGAAAUCUCACCGAAAAGGCCAAGAACAUGACUGGCGAACAGAACAAGAAAAUUGCUCAAUUGAGCGCAGAUACCAAAGACGUUCACGAUGAGAGCCACAGGAUAACAAGUGACUACGGUGUCAAGCAGAACGACACUGACCACUGGCUGGCCGCUGUCAGCGAGGACAAGCAGGGCCCUCAGCUUCUGGAGGAUCCUUUCGGUCGCGAGAAGAUCCACCGCUUCGACCACGAGCGUAUCCCCGAGCGAGUUGUCCACGCACGAGGCGCUGGUGCCUUCGGAAAGUUUACCCUCAACGAGUCCGCGGCAGACGUCAGCAAGGCUGGCAUUCUGACUGACACCUCCCGCGAGACCCCAGUCUUCGUUCGAUUCUCCACCGUUCUUGGAAGCCGUGGUUCAGCAGACACAGUCCGUGAUGUUCGUGGAUUCGCUGUCAAAUUCUACACUGAGGAAGGUAACUGGGACCUUGUGGGUAAUAACAUACCUGUAUUCUUUAUCCAGGAUGCCAUGAAGUUUCCUGACGUGAUUCAUGCUGGCAAGCCUGAGCCUGACUCUGAGAUUCCUCAGGCUCAGUCCGCACAUAACAACUUCUGGGAUUUCCAAUAUCUUCAUCCCGAGACCACUCACAUGCACCUCUGGACCAUGUCUGACCGCUCUAUUCCUCGAUCGUACCGUAUGAUGCAGGGUUUCGGCGUCAAUACCUUCACGCUUGUGAAUGACAAGGGCGAGAGGCACUUUGUCAAGUUUCACUUCACUCCCGAGCUGGGUGUUCACAGUUUUGUCUGGGAUGAGGCCCUCAAGAUUGCUGGACAGGACCCUGAUUUCCAUCGCAAGGAUCUGUGGCAAGCCAUCGAGGCUGGCUCCUACCCCAAGUGGAAGUUCGGUAUUCAGACCAUCAAAGAGGGCGAGGAGGACCAGUUUGAUUUUGACAUCCUCGACGCUACGAAGCUCUGGCCUGAGGAACUAGUCCCCAUCAGAUACAUUGGUCAACUUGAGCUGAACAGGAACCCUGACGAAUACUUCACACAGACGGAGCAGGUUGCGUUCUGCACAUCACACGUUGUUCCCGGCAUCGGCUUCAGUGACGACCCGCUUCUGCAAGGCCGCAACUUCUCUUAUCACGACACUCAGCUGUCGCGACUGGGAGUUAACUGGCAGGAGCUUCCUAUCAACAAGCCUGUGUGCCCCGUCAUGAACUUCAACCGCGACGGUGCCAUGCGCCAUACCAUCACAAAAGGCAAGGUCAACUACUGGCCCAACCGUUACGAGAAGGUACCACCUGCUACUGAGCAGGAGGGUGCUUAUAUUGAUUACCCAGCUAAGGUUGCGGGUAUCAAGCAGCGUCUUCACAGUAAGAAGUUCAAGGAUCACAAAAACCAGGCUGAGCUGUUCUACAACUCCAUGUCGGAGCCCGAGCAGAGCCAUAUCAAGGCUGCUUUCGCUUUCGAGCUCGACCACUGCGACGACCCUGUAGUCUACAAGCGUAUGAUUGAGCGUAUUGUCGAGAUCGAUCUUGAGCUGGCGCAGGGCGUCGCUGAGAUGGUCGGUGCCGACAUUCCUCAAGAGGCUACUCGUCAGAAGCACAACAAGAAAGCCAAGGGCUUGUCUCAGAUGGACUUCUUGCCAAGUACACCUACCAUUGCUACGCGCAUGGUUGCCAUUCUGAUCGCGGACGGCUACGACAAGGUCGCAUACAACGGCAUCAAGGCAGCCUUGACUGCUCAGGGUGCUUUGCCGUUCACCAUCAGCCCAAGGAGGAACAAGAUCUUUGCUGAAGGUGAGGACAAGACCGGUGAUGGUGUUGUCGCUGACCAUCACCUUGAGGGCCAGCGCUCAACCAUGUACGAUAGUAUCUUUAUCCCCGGUGGCGAGAAGUCUGUUGCUACCCUGAGCAAGAGUGGACGUGCUAUUCACUGGGUCCGUGAAGCAUUUGGUCACCUGAAGGCCAUCGGUGCUACUGGCGAGGGUGUUGCUUUCGUCAAGCAGUGCGUGGAGCUUCCCGAGAUGGAAUUCUCUACAAGCACCGACGUCAAGAACAGCUAUGGUGUUGUUACAGCCGCCAAAGUCUCGCCUGAUGGUUUCACUGAGGCCGUUAAGAUGGCUAAGGAGGCUGCUGACUUCGUCGGUCAGUACACUUAUGCCAUCUCGUGCCACAAGAACUUCGAGCGUGAGAUUGCCGGCUUGAGCACUUUGGUUGCAUACUAG